AUGUUUCUGAGGAUAAACCUGCACCACCCCUUUAUAGACCAGCUGCAUGAGAACAAAAAUGACAUAUUGUGUGUUCUGAAUGAAAAGAUCGUAACAACACAAAAAUGUGUAAUUGCGGAGCAUACCCAGACAGAAGAAAAAUAUGGAGGUAAACUGGGCAUCAAGGCCAAAAUAGUGAAGGUAACUGUUACUGAGAAUGGAAACUUCAAAAAAGAUGAAAAUACCGUGUUGGAAAUUCCAGCUCCCACUGCUAUCGCUUAUGGUGUUGUAGAACUGUACAUCAAGCAUGAUGGUCAAUUUGAGUUUUGUUUGUUGUCGGAAAAGCAAGGAGGUUUUGAGAAAGAAAACACUGAAAGGCAUCAAAGCCAUGAUUCAGUUCUUCAUGACACCUUAUCAAUGUAUACCUGGGAUGUUGUAGAUGGUGUCAAAAAUGACUCCCAGCAAAGAAAAGCUGUUCCGUGUAAUGCCAGUCUACAUUUCCUGAUGCAAGAUAUAACACAUUUGAAGAAACAGUUUUUAAUAUUGGAAAGGCUUCCUACGGACCAGCGUCAAGAGCUUUAUCAAAUGUUUUGUGAAAACUUAUAUGAUGGACACAUAGUUGUUCACCUACAAACGCUGGUAGAAGAAAUCUGUUCAGGCUACAAGCCCAACCUGACAAUACUGGAUGAUUUAAGCCCUUCUCAUAAGCAAAAGGCACUGCAUUUUCUGCACCUUAUAGAAUACGAUACUCACAAUCAAAAUCUGCAUCAAGAUAAAGUGGAUAUACUUUUUGCAUUACACCUGCUCAUCAGUGCUUUGGAUGAAAUUACCGACUCUGCAUUGGCAACACUGGGUGCCUGCUGUGACCUUGACCUCUUGCCUGUGCUCUGCUCCUUGCCAAACAUCACAUCAGAUGAAGGACUUUGUUCAAGGACAAAUCCGUUGCUGUCUGACUUCAUGGACCUGGGGCGAUUUCAGAUUGCACAAAGGCUGUUCACGUUCUCUAACCUGAAGCUUGAAAUGAAUGAGCAUACCGUUGUAGCUGCAACUACCACAGCUCCCGGAUUCCUCCCAUUCAUACUUUACAUUGCAAUAUGUGGUCUCUACGCACUCAAGUACAGCACAAAAGAGGAAAAGGGUUUAGAUGAAUGCUAGUUAUGAAAGGACAUUUUGACACUUUAUUAUUUUGCCUUUAGGCAGAUGAAUAACUGAAAGAAAUAUGAUGAUGCCUUAGCAUGCAUAGCUAUAUAAUGUUUCACACAAAGCUGCUUAAAGCAGCAAAGAGGUUUAAGAGAUUAUUUUUUAGCCUUGCAGAAUGCAUUUUAUGCUAUUUUUAAAUGCAUAACAUAAUGAUUUACUAGGCAGUGGUGCAUCAUUUAAUUGCUAACCUGAACCAUAAUAAUGCUAAAUGAUUCAUCUGGUUUUAUUGUUUUACUAUUUUACAGUUUGUAAAUCUAAAUGUUAUAUUCAGAUAUGACUUAAAUUAUAAAGGGCACCGUCAUGAAGACACAUUAAUGCGUGGACUAAAUGGUGUAAAGUGAGACAUUAUAGCCUGCUUUUUAAAAACAUUGUUUACUUCCUGCCAGAGCAAUGGUGCCGCACAAGAUGUCUCUCUAGCUCCAGAAACAAAGAAUGCACAUUUGUUAUCUAAUCUUUCAAAUGCCUGAGAAAGCUUUUAUUUAGGUGAAAGUUCUCUGCUUAGUCAUGUGUACAUUUAACCAAGGGACCAGUUGUAACCUCUAAAGCUUCCCUGGCUAACAAUCAUCUAGUAUUGAUAAAAAAAUAACAAGAAAAACA